UGACCUCAGACGCGAUGCGUGGAUCUGAGUUGAGAUAUCAUCUUCAGAUCGUGUAAUGGCACGAAGCAUGGUGUUUCUAUGGAAGGGACAAGAUCCCUGAGAGCCAGAGGUCCUCUGGUGUCAGCAGAGAAACAAGAAGACUUCCCGGAAUCCAGUGCGAAUGCAAACAACAUGAGGCUCCUUUUCCGCAGAUGUUUGUUUCUCGUGAGUGUUUUAGGUUUCCUGUUCUUGGUGAGGUUCUCUCUCCCACUUAAUAGAACACAGACAACCAAACCUCUGAACUGGCAUGUGAGCGGUCCACAUAAAAGGUUGGUCCAUAAGCACGUGAACAAAGUUCUGGAGGCCCCGUGUCAUCGCGGCAACACUCGGAAGAACUUGUUAACUCGACUCCCUGCUUCAGGCCAUGUGACUCAGCCCUUCUUGGGGAAGGACGUGCCCCUCCCUGAUCAUCUUUUCCUUUAUCCACCUCCUUUUGGGUUAAAAGAUGUUGGCAGUGAAGUAGAGGAUAUUCUGAAGCUGCUGGAAAACUCUCACUCUGCUCAGCCAUCAGAUAAAUGUCAGCACUGUGUGGUCGUGGGGAAUGGAGGCAUUCUCAGAGGCCUGGAGCUCGGCCCCCUGAUAGACAGAUAUGACACCAUCAUCAGGUUAAACAGUGGUCCUCUGGGAGAGUUCAGUGUCGACGUUGGAAAUCGAACUAGCAUCAGAAUGAGUUACCCAGAAAGCACGCCGCUCCACUGGGUGGAUACAGACCCUCACACUCUGUUUGUAGCUGUGGUGUAUAAAAGUGUGGAUGUCAGCUGGUUGUCUGCUAUGAUCAACAAGCACGCUGUGUCUCUGUGGAACAGACUAUUCUUCUGGCAAAAGGUUCCAAAUCAAAUCCCUCUUGAGCCGCGGAGUUUAAGACUUUUAAACCCGCAUGUCAUCAGAGAGACGGCAAUAGACCUGCUGAAGUACCCUCCUCCCAGACCACGCCUGUUGGGCUGGGACCAGAAUGUGCCGACCCUGGGUGUCUCUGCACUGAAUUUAGCCAGUCUGUUGUGUGAUGAGGUCAGCCUGGCAGGCUUUGGCUACAACCUCUCCCAGCAGGCGGCAUCAUUGCACUACUACGACCACCUGCCCAUGAGCGCCAUGCUGCAUCAGAAGAUGCACAACGUGGACAGAGAGACAGAGUUCCUGCAGAGCCUUGUGAGAGAUGGAACCAUCACUGACCUGACAGGUGGGAUUCAUUGCUCCUUCUGUUCGAGCUGACCCCCUGACCUUUGAGGAUGAAGCGCUUGCUUUUCAAGAACAAAGUGCAUCCUGUCUGGAUAAAUACAAAGCGUCCACAAGAACAAUAUAUAUGCACACAGGAGAAGGAAGGAAAUAAAUGAGAGGCAAAACUUUGCAUAAAGCUGUAACUUUACUCUUCAUUUCUGUAAUGUAUGUCACAAAGUGCUUCUUGAAGAGCAAAGGUCAAGUAUCUCUAGCAAUAUAAUUAAUUAUCUGGUCUUUAUAUGUAUGCGGCCCUUGAGACACCUUUUGUAUCAGGAUUUACCACAGAAGGAGCAGAGAAGUUGUGUGUGCUUUAGGGGGUUUCUGUCUGUCUGUUUGUCUGUAUGUCUGUCUGUGGACAAAGUUUUUUACUGCAAUAAUAUCAAAUCUGUGGAAGAUAAAGUCACUGAAUAUUACAGUUUGGUUUAUGUCAAAAUAGAGGCAGAGCUCAGAUGGCGGUAAUACAGGGGUCACCAACCUUUUUGAAACUGAGAGCUUCUUCAUGGGUACUGAGUCGUACGAAGGGCUACCUGUUUGAUACACUCUUCUGAAACAACAAAUCUGCUCAGUUUGCCUUCAGUUAUAUAUUAUUAUUAAUGAUAAAUGAUACUCAUCUAUGUGAAGACACUGAUCACCUUAAUGAUUUCUCAC